AGCUAGCUUACAUCGCACACGCACUCGCAAUCCAUGUUGGUUGCUUGCACGCACACUGGUAGGAGAAACUUCGAUGAGUGGGGGGUCGAGCGGAGCAGCGAGUAGUUGUGUUUUGCCGCUGCUUUGGUGUCUUCAGAGGACCGCCUUUCUGUCACACGUAAGGAAAGCGCGUUCAGGGGGAGGUGGAAGCUGAAGGAGUGAACAAUAGCGCACUCAGGGGGAGGUAGAAGGUGAAGUAGCGGAGGAUGGCGCGCUCUGCGUUUCUGCUGGCCUUGCUUCUGGUCGUUGUUGCGGUUCAGGCAAGUGCGCAGGCUCCGCCGGAGGUGACCAUCAGCUAUGUCAACUAUGCAGGCUCAGGCUGCAAUUAUCAGAACACCAACUACGUGCUGUCAAACGACUACAAGACGGUCACCUUCAUGUUCGGCGGGAUGGUUGCGACCACGGACGGGUCGCUCGCCGACAAGAGGAAGUCUUGCCAGAUGUCUUUCAAUAUGAUCUACCCGGAUGGCUGGAGCUUCUCCAUCGGUCAGGCCACGGGCCGCGGCUUCGCUGACAUCGCCAAGGACUCCGCGGGCAUCUACGAGUCACACUACUACUUCUCGGGACAAACGGGUACGGCGAGGAUCGAGCGCAAAAUCGGAGGCCCGAAGGUUGGCAGCUUCGAGUUCACGGAUGACUUCCUGACGUUUGUGUGGAGCGAGUGCAACAAUGCACCCAAUUUGAACAUCAAGACGGUGGUGAGAGUGGAGGGCGCCAAGGCUGUGAUGGCUCUAGACUCCCACGACACCAAGUUCCAGCUCAUCUUCAACCUCCAAUGGAGGCAGUGUCCGCAGAACUGAGAACCCCACCCACCAUCUCGCAGGUGGAGGAUAGCGGGUGAGAAGGGUCGGAGAUGUGGGCAGCUGUGCCGUCUUGGAUAUCUUUAGCGGAAUCAGAGGCGGAGGCUAUGGGGUAUGCGCAAUGCAGUUUUUCGAGAAGAUCCAAGCUGCGGCACUGUUUUAGCAGUCGUGGUUGUGGAGGAAGAAGGCAGGGUGGGUGGUUGGCAUUGCAGCGAGAGAGUAAAGGUAGUUAGCCACAUCAGCAGAUGUAGUCUGGCCGGUCAGUACCUCGUUUCCGUAUUCCGCCUUACGGCGUGUCCGCCUGUGUGACUGCCAUUCGUCCUCGAUAGACCUGUUAAUACUAGCUGUUUAAUCUACGUGGCAAAUGUGCAGAUCCGGGGCAGAUUACGCCACACUGCUUAAGCUCUCUCUCUCUCUCUCUCUCUCUCUCUCUCUCUCUCUCUCUCUCUCCCCUUUUGUUAUGUCUGCCCUCACAGAUUUGUAGAUCUUCUUUCCACCGAGUAUCCCAUCUUAGUUUUCCUUUCGUCGUCAGUUCACCCCGUGAUGUCGGAGGAGUUAUGCCUCUUUGCGCGUGGGUAGCAAACGAGGAGGUCAGCAGUGCCCUGUUGUCUUGGAAUUAGUUCGUUUUCUUCCGUUCUUGAGUUUUUCGGGCGGAAAAGGGGAGGGAUCCGUUAUCGGAAAUCAGUUCUCGCUUGUAAGGAGGGAGUUGAAAUGUCUAUGUGGGAUUUCCCGCCCUCACGCGAAAGUAUUUUAGUGUAUAUCUCCUGUGGUGAGCUUUGCACAGUGCCGUCAAACCCUGAUUAGCCGAUGAGAACCGUCUUGUGUGUGACCAUCGCCUUCCGAACUCGGGAUCACAUCACCCCUGUCCCUGUCUUCGGAAUUGGUUGUCAGGAAUU